AUGGAAGAGGCUAACAUCAAUGCUAAAAAGAGAAAAGUCAAGGAAGAGCCUAAGACGUACAACGCUUCGAAAAAACCAAGAGUGGAGAAGGCUACCGAGAAGCAAACCCCAGAAAAGAAGAAAAGUGAAUCAAAGCCCAUCAUUACUGCCAAUAAUGCAGAAAAGAAUGGAAUUUCUCCACACCCAAAAAGACCAAAGAGACAAGUAAAAACAGCAAAAGAGGACACAGAUGAUUCUGCUUUACCAGAUAAAGAUGCCAAGGAUCCUGCUGAAGAUCACAUUGCAUACUUGGAAGAAUUUGAAUUAGACAAGAACAAACCCAAACCAAAAGAUUUAAAAUGUACUAUAUGUGGUAAAUGCUCUAGUGCCAAAUCUGACCUAAUAAAAACAAACAUAUCCGAAUCCAUACGGGGGAUAGGGCCGUAUAAAUGUAAGAUUUGUAACGCUAGUUUUAUCCAAGUAACAGCUUUCCAUGGGCACAUUACCAUCCAUACAGGAGAAAAACCAUUUAAGUGUGAUCUCUGUAGAAAAUCAUUUGCUAUAAAAGAUCGGCUCAGGCUCCACAUGAGAAUUCAUACUGGAGAAAAGCCCCAUAAGUGUAGUCAGUGCAACUUAACCUUCGCUCGUCGCAGCCAGGUGACACAGCAUCAACGGGUCCACACGGGUAAAAAGGACUAUCAGUGCACGGAAUGCAAUGCUCGCUUUGCUUCAUAUCACACGCUCAAAGGCCAUGUGAUGGCACAUCGUGGCGUCAAGGAAUUCCAGUGUGGAGCGUGUGGUAAUAAGAAGUUUAUCCAGUGUGGAAGGAAUCUUCCUCACCUCAAGAAACAUAUGAAAUGUGUUCACAAUGCUACAAAACCCUACCUCUGCAAGCUAUGCAAAGAAUACUUCCAGACACAGAGCGAGUUAGAGGCACACAAUCGUGAUGUGCACGGCAUAGCAAAAACUGCAGAGGAAGAAGCCGAGGAGAUUGUGGAAGAGGCAUCCCUAGCUCGGCCUCAGAAAUCGACUGGCCGUGCUGCUCUACGCAUAUCCUCCGAGGAGCGUCGCUGCAAGUUUGGCUUCGGGUCCCUCCUUGUGGAUGAAGUUCUGAAAUUGUCGCUUCAGUCCUCCGGCCACGAACCUUUCGAGGACCCUUCAUUGUCACGUCUGGAUGAACUGCGGAAAAAUGUGUUAUUACUUUUGCAGUGGACCAUACCAAAAGAUACCAUGGAAGAAAUAUAUAAAAACAACAUGACAGUCGAUGAAGUUCUUGAUAUGUUAACUACUUAA